AAUUCUCUAAUCAUUCUCUGAUAACUGUUCAAGCUUGUAGAAAUUUUGUUUAGGUUUAUUUUUACCUCAUACAACACAUUUUACUGAAAAUUAAAUAAUAAUUUUUUCAUUUGUGCUUUUGUUUAAAUUAUAUAUGGUAUUUGCCCGCCUAUAAUGUGUGGCACUUUAGCACAGGAGGCGUUGCUUUUCCUGUCCAAUUUGUAGAAUUCGCACAGAAUCUUAGCAAAAUUGUUUUGAGUGAUUGAACUUGAACUGUGCGCACUGCGAAUAUUGUUUUAGCUGUCGAUUAAGCUACUAAAAUUUGAUUAAGAACAAAUUUAUAAUAAAUUGUACCAAGUGCGAUUCAUACGAUUUUUUUUAUUUUUAAAUUAAUUUGCACUAAUUGGACAUGUCGACUGUCAAGAAUCACCAGCCCUCCGAGCAGGAGGCACAGGUGAAGGAUGCCGAGAAUUCGACGAAUUUGAGCUCGAGUCAGAUGCAGAAGGUGUUGCCGCAGAAGACGCCCUUGCAGGAGGCCGUUGAGAACUUCAUGGUCAACACUCUGGUGAAGGAUGUGAAGAUCACGAUUGGAAAGCAGGUCUUCGAGUGUCAUAGCUGUGUGCUGCGCACAUUCUGCAAGUGCUUUGAGCAGACAUUGCUGUCGGGCAAGGCUUUUACGCUGCCCGAGGAUAAGAUUUCGGCAGAGUCCUUUCUCCUCGCCUACAAUUGGAUGAUCAGCUCGGAUAGCAGCUGUCAGCGUGGCAAUUUAUUGGAUCUGCUAGUGGCAGCCGAGUAUUUGGACGCCCCGAAGCUGGUGCAGAGCGUCUAUGGGGCCCUGAAUGAUGAGCGUUUCUUCUCGAAUCUAGAUGCCUUUAAUUGCUUCACCGAGGCCUGCACCAAGGGCAUUUCGAGUGUCGCCGAUCUGAUGAUCGAUCGCAUCGGCAAAUCGUUUCUCGUGUUCGUGUCGUCGGACGAGUUUCGCGAAUUGAACGUAAAUGUGGUGUGCACUCUGCUCAGCUCCGAUUUGCUGGGCGUUCACACCGAGGUAGAGGUGUUCUACGCGGGCCUGUUGUGGGUCAUUAGCGAUUAUACGGAGCGUAAGAUGUAUUUACGCCGUGUGCUGAGGUCGGUCCGUUUCGAACUGAUGCCACCACCGGCUCAGCUCAAUUUCGGGGAUCGACUCAACGAAAUGACACCGUAUGCUCUGGAUUUACUGUUAUUUCUGCUGUGCGUGGCCAUCAUCAAUGCCCAGGAGCGUACGCUUCACAAUCAGAAUGGAAUACCUCAGCGUCAUCGCAUCUACAUUAGGGACCCGCUAUGCCCCUAUUUAGAUCUCUUGGAGAAUCGCACUGAAGAGCUAAGCGUUACGAUGUUCAGGGAUUACAUUUUGUCGCUCGAAAAUGAAUUUGAUGAGUUUAAAGCACGCAUUGUUGAAUUAGUGUCGGAAGAGGAGACGGAUGAGGAGGAGGAGAAUGCCGAAGAGAAUGAGAAUGCUAACUCAAAGGAGGGCGACGAGGACGAGGAAGAGAUGGAGGAAGAGCAGUGCGAAAUUGAGGACGAUGAGGAAGAAAACGAGACUGUCGAAGUAGAGGAGGAGGAGGAGGACAUCGAUGUAGAUAUGCUGUCGGAGGAAACCGAGCAGGAUGCAAUUAUGUAAAUGUAAAUAUGAAUACAUUUGAAUUGAAAUACAAGAAAUGCUUGACUUAGUCCCAAUGUCAA